CUUCUUCGUCUUCCUUUGAGUUCUUUUUCCGCGUCCUUCUCAUUCUCCUUCUUUGACGACACGUCCAACAACGACAACAACAACACCAGGGUCGAUGCUCCUUCCGCCACUAGAUGCCCAGCAAGCCCGGCAGGUACGGACUCAAGUCGUGGGUGGCCUGCGACGCCGGGUCCAGCUACGCGUGGAACAUGCAGAUCUACACGGGCAAGUCCGUGAGCGGCGCUCCCGAGAGGAAUCAGGGCGCCCGGGUGGUGAUGGACCUGACCAAGGGCCUGCGGGGUCCGCGCAACGUGACGUGCGACAACUUUUUCACCUCCUACGAACUGGCCCGGCUGCUGCUCAUCGAGAGGCACCUCACCAUGGUGGGUACGGUGCGCAAAAACAAGCCCGAGCUGCCAAGUCAAAGUUCCAAGUUUGCCUUCACGCCCACCGUCACUCUGGUGUCCUACGUGCCCAAGAGGAACAAGAACGUGGUGCUGCUGAGCACGCUGCACAUGGGGGAUGCUCGAGUCAGCGCCGGCAGGCACGCCAAACCCGACAUCAUCCUGCACUACAACAGCACCAAGGGCAGCGUGGACAACCUGGACAAGCUCGUCGGCACAUACAGCUGCCGCAGGAAGACGGCACGCUGGCCCCUCGCCGUGUUCCACAACAUCCUCGACGUGUCCGCCUACAACGCCUUUGUGCUCUGGCGAGAGCUCAGGCCCAAGUGGAUGCGCGGUAAGCUCAACAGGCACAGGGCGUUCCUCGAGGAGCUGGGCAGGGCGCUCGUGACUCCGCUCAUCGAGAGACGGCGGUGUCUGCCUCGCACCGAAGAUCUCUCCUGGGCCAUCUACAACCCCGACAACAAGCAGACAAAGGCCGAGACAGACAGAGACAGAGAGGGGGUGGAAGGAAGAGUCAAACCAGGUCAAGAUCUCCAGCCAAGUCAGGACAGCCACACCACAGCUCUGAGCCCUGGGAAACAGAGAGCGAUCCUGAUACUGCCCCACAAACCACCCUAG